AUGAGCUCCGAUGAAAUUCCUGCUACAAACUCGAUAUCUUCGCUUUCAAAUUUGGUCGAUACUCCGAACAAUUCUGAUGUCGAUGGAUUGGAUCCUUUAGCGCUCGGGGCAUCUGAAGAAGUCAACACUUCCACAAAUGUUGAAACUAUACAACCUGAAGCUUUAGGCCUGCAGAAGAAAACUCCUCUGAAUUCUCCUUUCGUGUACAACGAAACCCCUAAAACGGUGACCGUAGAGAAUUUGAAUGGAGAACGUCACUUGAAAGAUACAGAAAGAAACGAUUAUGCCAACUGCGAUAGGGCCAAUGGCAACGAAAAUGGAACAAGCCCUAAUGUGACUGAUACAAUUAUUUCGACCACUGUAGUUUCCGAAGGGAUUUCGCUCGACUCAGCUCGCGGAAUUGUUGUCUUGGAACAAGUUGCUUUGGAACAAAUGAAUGAAUUAAUCGCCGGCGCAUCUCGGAUACAAGAUGACAGCUCUACAAACAGUGAAACGUUCGAAGAUUCUCGCUUUAGAACUCAUUUUCGAAGUGAUAGUCAGAAUUCGGACGGUUCUUCGACAGAAUUAGGCAUCACCAGCAAAAGCACCCAACAAAAGUCAUUAGAUUUAUCCGCCGACCCAUCCUUCUCAGUAGAGUUCGACAUGAGCAGAUUUGAAGAUCUUGAUACUAAAAAAAUUGCCGAAGCACUCACAAAUGAACUAAAAAAGUACUCUAUACCCCAAGCUGUUUUUGCACGCAAGGUUUUGAAUCGCUCUCAAGGGACUUUGAGUGAUGUUUUAAGAAAACCGAAACCUUGGAGCGAACUGCGAGGAGGCAGAGAAAUAUUCCGAAAAAUGAAAGAAUGGCUCGAUUUACCAGAGGUGAAAAGAAUUCCACAACUCAGGGCAGAAGGUAAGAAAGACACUGUGAGCGUUGGAACGAUGUUUAGGGAUGUAAAAGGGAAACUGAAUACUCUAUCAGAAGAUAAAUGUAGAGAAAUUCAUCCUCCAAUGGCAUACGGUUUUCCCUACUUCCGUGUUUUUGUGAAACGCUUUGUAAAGUAAAUGUAUCAAUACGAACUUAUUGUUGAAACAGAAAGGGGCCUGUUAACUAAUUUACAUUAUAUUGGCAGAAUGAAUUUUGAAUGAAAAAAUUCUCAAUGCUUAGCAUGACACAAAGUUCAUGACUCUUGACAUGUGUUUGAGGGCUUCUGCCCUCCAAAUGACCAGCAGUCCUACACUUUUGAUAAAUAAAUGUGACCACUCGAAGGAACCCCAACCAAUUCAAAGGUGAUUGGAAGUGCUAUGGAUUCUUUACUCUAAGCUCAGUGUAAACCAAGGAGUAGAUUUAAGAUUUAGAGCACUUUUUAACUGUUCAUCAAAAGUGAUCUUGAAUGAAUUGCUUAGCUGGUUUUGCUUUACUUUGCCCUGUGAUUGGUCUAGAAAACUUUCACAACCAUCUCAACCAACCAAAUGCAAAACUAAACCCAAUAUCAACUUGGCCACAUUUCUGUGAGUCAUCAUUGGUUAAUUUACCCUUUAACUCCCAUGAUCUAAUUGAUAAUUCUCCCCUUUAGCUGUAACACAUUUCCUUGUAAAUUAGUUAUGAAAAUUUGGUGUUUGAUAAAGAUAACAACUUCUGCCUGAUAAGUUUUGGUAUUCUCACCACCUUUUGUUGGAUAACAUUUGGAUAUGAUAGGGAGAAAUUACAUGUUAAUCACCCCUGGGAGGGAAAGACUUAAGGAUGAUGUUAACCUUUGUUCUAUUUGGUACUUUUUGGUUUUGAUAGUCAAUUAAAGGUCCUCCAUAAAGGUAUCCAGGAUUGCUUGGUGUCCAGUAAUUGAGACGCAUUUAGGAUUGUUUUGAUUGGCUGGGUUAAUGUAAUUUCUCAAAUAUACUAGAAGUGCAGGAAUGUUGGUCAUGAAGUGUUUUACAUACCUAGACCAGUAGUUGCCCUAAACACACUUCAAAUGUCACCAGCUGUGCUUUGCACUAUGAGCCCACCACAAGCAUUACAGUAAAUCUUUGAUCUAGAGGGGUAUUCAGGAUUGCUUAGCACUUGGUGUAUGUAAUUGACUUAUGAAAGAAAGGGGCAAGUUUCUGAAGAAACUGUGGUGCUGUGUUGGUGGGAGAGUAUAUCAGGGUAAUUUAGUAUUGUCAACUGAGUUGAUAAUGUAAAUUGCCACCAUAAAGAGUUUCGAAGCUGACGUUUUUAGUGUUAGCCCUCAGAUAAAGGGCUAGUGCUGGAAAUGCUUAGGGUUAAAACCCAUUAUAGUGGCCAAUUUUCAUCAUCAACUUAGUGGACAAUACUAAAUUACCCUGACCUAUGAAAGGGUUGUCGUUAGAAAAUGGUUGGCAACAGAAAUCCACCAGCAGUCAAACCAUUUUGUGCUGGCUAAUUGAACUGUGAUCAAAGACAGAAAAUAAUUAUUUUUAACUAAUUCUAACAUCAAUGUCUGGCAAAAAAGUUACUCGAGUAUGUCCCAUAAUGCUGGAAAUUGCAUCUCAUAGAGAGUAUCAAAUUUCAAAUCUUUCCAAGGGAGCAUGCCCCCACACCUUCUUUGAAGGGUGUGCUGCUUUGCAACAUGCCUAUUUAGCUGCCUACUAAGUUCAGAUGAUACAUCUACCACAUUGCAAUGAAAACCCUGCUUAUGAUUUUUUGAACUGGCUAGGUUACUUUGAUUUGUCAAAUAUACCAGCAGGGUAAGACUGUCAGUCAGCUAGUGUGUUGAAAACCUUGACCUGCCAUUUACCAUGGUUCAUUCAAGCACAGUAUAUUUGUUGUACACCUACAGAAGGUGAUAUUAGAUCAAGAUGAAAAAUUUUGCUUGACAAGUUUGAGUAAUUUCAUUACCUGUUUGCUGGAUAAUGUACAGUGUAUAGAUAUUAUAGGGACAAGGUGCAGGUGUAUUUUAAAGGGUUGAUUUCCAAUAAGUUACCAAGAGAGAAUCUCAUCUUACAAUAUGGAUACAAUAUCAUGCAGACUAGUGAUGAGAGCAGAGAAAACUAUCACUUAGGGAUUAUAAGUUGAUCCAAUAUCAAAUUCUCAAAAGUAACAUCAUAAGAAUUGUAUGGAAGAGAGUAAGGAGAAUUACUAAAGAGAUCUUGGAAGUGAAAAGGUUCACAAUCCUAAGAUUUGAUUUGUUAUUCUCCCUUAGCCUUCUGAAGUCAGUUACUUAAGAGAAUUUGGUGUUGUACAUAGAGAGAGAUGCAUUUUACAUCUGGUCUCUUAAUGAUGAGUUUGUUUAUUCUCACAAGUUACGGACUGAAUACUGAAGUGACAAUAUCAGGAGAAGUUACACAUGCUGCUAUUGUCUUUGCAGCUGCUUUGGAACUUGAUGCUAAAGCCAGGAGGGAAGAAGACACUGGUCCACCAAAAAAGAAAACAAGGUUGUAUUUUACAGACUCUCAGAAAAGAGCACUCUUUGCUAUUUUUAAAGAAACUAAAAAGCCUUCAAAAGAGAUGCAGAAUGCUCUUGCAGAAGAACUUGGGCUUGAGAGAGACACAGUUGCAAACUUCUUUAUGAAUGCCAGACGUCGACAUCCAGAAUUGUAGAGGUAAACUGGUAAUGACUGUGUUCAUUGACCUCUUGUUAAUAUUCCAAGGAGAAAAGUAAGAUUUUAGUUUAUUUGGUAAAAAGUUUUCUCAUGCAUUAAGCUUGAAAUUCAGGGUCUUUGGCACAAAUGUGCUGACUUUAUACACUCUAUCAUUUCCUUACCUUUUACUUCCUUCAAAAUUUUUGCCUGGGUCACGUGGUUUGUAUAGUUGUAUACUAUUUCAGCCUCACCACGCUUCUCUAUGCCCCAGGCAAGCUUUACAAUGUACAUGAAGGUCAUUGUUGACAAGCAAAACACCAGCAUGGAGGGGGGAAUUUGCUCAGUUGCAGAAGUGCCCCAGUAGUUUUCCAUCAUUCCACGGCAUGCACAUAGACAACCUCCAAGCAAUAUUUGCUGUGACUUUGCUCAUUUCCAUCGACCAAGAACCCAGUGGUGGGUGAUGUGAUUAAAGACAAGGUGUUACUGUACUAGUGAUGUCUUACUAGCAGUCAAUACUGCAGCCUGUCACUGUGACUCAGAAUGGAAAGUUAAAUGAAAGACUCUUGUAAAUCUCUGUGCUUGCUUGACCUUUAAUAGUACUAAGUUUAAUAUUGUACAUGAAUAAAUUACACACUUAUGUUCAGCUGAAAACGAGUGCAUUCUCAUUAAACACAGGUGCAAAGUUGUAACAUGUGCACAAACUACUCUUGAUUUUCUGUAAUGUUUUUUUGAUGUACAUUAUCAGCAAGUAAUAACAUGAUGUCUCAUGCAAUUUGGUAUAACAAGCACUUGUAAAUUUUUCAAAGGCUAUAAACUGUACUUGUUCUGUGGGCUUGUACAAUUUUGCUGUCUUUGAAAAAUUUAGCUGUGCUUAUCAACACCAAAUUGCACUCAAAAUCAUUUUAUUACCUUUUCAAAUAUACUUUUUUCUUUUUUAGGUUUCUGAAUAAGAAUUCUCAGCUAAGUCAUAUGUGUACUAGAACUGAAAUGGUGGAGAAUCCAGCUUUGUACUGUAAAUGGUGGCUGCAACAACCUGUUGGUACUGCAUCACACGUGUGUGUUCCACUCUUUGGCUGUGUGAGAUACAUUUUAAAAAAAACGUAUCAAUAUGCCAGUGGACAUAGAACUGCAAUUGGAGUGGAUAGUUCAUCAGAAUUUAACAAAGAAAGAAAGAAAGAUAAAAUGAAAGAAAAAAGUACACUUUAGUUUUGAUUUCACUACAUGUAUAACUAGAGAGAAAAUAACAGUGUAGUUACAUGUGCAAUGUUUCUCAUUGAAAAAUGGGAAAAUUUGUAAUUGAAAAAAACAUGCUUGUCAGACUAGCCAGGAGCUUAUCCUAACCUUUCCAUGGGUGAAACAAUAUUACAUGGUUUUGCAUCUAAUUCACUUAAUAUAGUAAACUCUCUUUUAAACCUUGUACAUGUACCUCCCAAGAGUUAAAUGAUAAUUCAAUACUAUUUUAUUUGAGAAUUUGGUGUGAGAUCAAAUGGAAUCUCUUGCUGCUGUGAUUGGGUGAGUCGCACAUUCAUAGACUUCCCUUUGGCCCUUCAAGACAGUGAAAGGUUUACUGAGUGCCCAGGAGACAGUAUUCAUUUUAAAUAUUCAGAGAGCUAUUUCUUUCUCUUACUUAACUCUAUACAAAAGACAGUGGAAAGGUUUAUGAGUGAUCCCAGAGAAAGUUGAUUAUACAGUAUUCAGGUUUUCUGGAAAUAUUUCACUGUCUGUUUUUGUCAUUAAGUAAGAAUAUUCUACAAAAAAUAAGACUUUUGUUAACCCUUUAACUCCUAUUAGUGACCAAGACAGAAUUUCUCCUUACAAUAUCAAUACGAUAUCAACCAGACAAGUGUUGAGAAUUAAGAAAAAUAUCAAUUUGGGGAUAAUAUUCAAUACGAAAUUCUCUGAAAUAACAUUGUAAGAAUUGCAUGGUUGAUAGUAAGGAGAAUUACAAAUUUGAUCUUGGAGUUAAAGGGUUAAAUGUUCCUCAGACGCCGUUUGAAUUUCACUCUCAAGUCGUAAUUGUUGAAUCUCCUUUUCUGAUUGUCAAACAAUUUCCUUUAUUGUGUUUGUAAGGAUUUGAAAUGAUAUCAAGACGAUACCCUGUCGUCAAGUACUUCCUCUUUUCCUACCACCCGGCAGCCAGUUACAAUAUCAAUAUUUUGGUGAGAAAUUAUCAUUCAUUCCUCUGGGUAAAAACACUUUAAGUAAGGGCUUAAGUUUUAUUAGGUUCUGAAGCUGUAUAACACAGUUUCUCACACUUAAUUAUUUUUUAAUCCCUUCCUGGUCAGACCCAUACAAGAAAUUACAUGAUAAGACCACUGUAAACAUAGUUUGAAAGGGUGAGGAACUAGCUCGUUAUCCUGAAUGAAAAAUGAAGAGUUACCACGACAGCAAGAAAUGCAAAGCACGCAGCAAAAGCGAAAAGAAACAUAUGGGAAUAAACAAAAUGCAAAAUUCUGCGUAGAAAAGAAAAUAUUCGCACAAAGGAAUACAAUCCACCAGAAUUAAG